ACCAUGCUGAAGGAAGGGGAGCUGCGGCUGGAUGUCAUUCAACUCCUGACGAACAGGAGCCGUGACAAAACUAUACCAGGGGUGUCUUUCCAAUUCAAGCAAGUUGUCUUGAGACACACCCGAUCAACAGGCUGUAAGAGCCUCCAGAGACUUCGUUAACUGGGAUUUUAUUUUAUUUUUUGCGUGCGCCCGUAUCCAUGUCGUCAGAUUUGUAAAUUAACCACGGAGGAGCGCGUUUCUGAUGGACUCUAAUGACAGGAGCAUUAGAGAUCUGAAAAGAACUGACAAAAUCCAACCAGGAUAUACACACACACGCAAAUAUAUGUAACAAUGGAUUCGUUCAACGCCAGCGGAAUGGAUGCGUUCACGGUGAUCCAUUUAAAUUCCUCCUGGACGCUGGACAGUGGAUAUUCUUUAGCAGCGAUAGCUGGCAUCGCCGCUCUCGUAAGUUUUCUCAUUCUUUUUACCGUUGUUGGAAAUAUUCUUGUGGUUAUCGCUGUGUUAACGAGCCGGGCACUGAAAGCCCCCCAAAACCUUUUCCUGGUGUCUCUGGCCACAGCGGACAUCCUGGUCGCCACUCUCGUGAUGCCGUUUUCUUUGGCAAAUGAACUCAUGGGUUACUGGUAUUUUGGAAAAGUUUGGUGCGGUAUUUAUCUGGCUCUGGAUGUUUUGUUUUGUACUUCAUCUAUUGUGCAUCUGUGCGCAAUAAGCCUGGACCGAUACUGGUCCGUUACGCAGGCUGUAGAGUACAACCUGAAGCGGACUCCUAAACGCGUCAAGUGCAUUAUCCUGAUCGUGUGGCUUAUAUCUGCGUUUAUCUCCUCUCCGCCGCUCAUAUCUAUCGAAAGCAACAGUGAGAUCAGCUCUCAGCCUCAGUGCGAGCUGAAUGAUGACACUUGGUACAUCCUCUCCUCCAGCAUCGCGUCCUUCUUCGCUCCCUGCUUAAUCAUGAUCCUGGUCUAUAUCAGAAUAUACCAGGUGGCCAAAACCAGAACCAGAAGCAUGUCAGGAAAAAACCCCAGGCCAGAUGGCGUUACACAAACUGAGAAUGGACUGAGCAAAGCCACCUCCCCUUUCCACGGCGAGAGGGAGAACGGUCACUGUCAGUGCCCGCCUACGCCCAGCCAACGCACCGUCACCGUCGGGCAACAGACUGAGGAGCCUGACAUGGAGGAGAGCUCCUCGUCAGAGGGCAAAGGUCACAAGCCCCAGCUGCAGGAGUCCCAGAGAGCAAAGAGGAUCAGCAACAAGAAAAGCUCGCUCUCCAAGCAAUCCACUCGCAUCUCCAGGGUCAGUAACAAGUCCAUGGAUCUGUUCACCUCCAGGAGGAAACGCCGUAAGAGCUCCCUAGCCAGGAAGAAGAUCUCCCAAGCCAGGGAGAAGAGAUUCACAUUUGUACUGGCUGUUGUCAUGGGAGUGUUUGUUGUUUGCUGGUUUCCCUUUUUCUUUAGCUACAGCCUGUAUGGUGUGUGCAGGGAACCCUGUAGGAUUCCCGACCCCCUCUUUAAAUUCUUCUUCUGGAUUGGCUAUUGCAACAGCUCCCUCAACCCUGCCAUUUACACCAUCUUCAACCGGGACUUCAGACAUGCCUUCCACAAGAUUCUCUGCAAGUCCUGGAAAAAGUCCUUUUAGCUGUGAAGCAGAGCUGCUGCAUCACUGUGACAAUCUUACAUGAAAUAUCAAAUUGAAUUUAUAAAAAACACAGGAAAAAAAAGGAAAUCUGUUGUGUUUGUUAUGCCUCACUUAUGUCUCAUUGUCCUGCUUUUCCAGUCAUGACAGCGUGCACCCUUCAAGGAGUCCCCUCAAGCUUCAGCAUAGAUGUUUUCAUUACAGACUUCUCACAGGCUUUCCCAGUUUGAUUAAUGUGCACCACAUUUCUCUUAUUCUCUAUGAACUGUGCUGUAAUUCUGUAUUAAAGGACCGAUAUUGAUAAAGCCCCCUGUACAUCCACAAAAGAUGCACACACAGGUGAUUUAUGUGCCAGGACAAACCCCCAGUUCAGCUCAGUUUUUCCAUUCCAUUAAACUUUUCUAUUUUUUGAACACUAAGAUCAUUCUUCAUCACAGAUUUUGUCUUGGGUAAUUAGAUUUAACCUAUUAAUAUUAUUUUACACAUUAUUGAAAAUAUAAAAAUAUGCAGCCUACAAGCACAAAAUGUCAUAAAACCAGAUCGUUGACAAGACAGAGUCUUAGUGUGGCAUUUUGAGAAAUAUGCUCAAUGGACUUCCCAACAGUCGGUUCAAUUCAAAUUUAUUUAUAUAGCACCAAAUCUCAACAGUCACCUCAAGGAGCUUUAUACUGUAGAGUAAGGAUCCCAGAAUAUUAGAAAGAAAACCCCAACAAUGAAAAUUUGAUGACAGUGGAAAGGAAAAACUCCCUUUUCACAGGAAGAAACCUCUGGCAGAACCAGGGUCAGGCAGAUAUCUUCAGAAACUGGUUAGCAGUGAGGAAAGAGAAAAGUUAGUGCUCUUUUUAAUGGACAACAUAAGAGAAGAUAAGAAGAAAAGAUGUCUGUAAAUAUGUAGCAUGUUUGUUCAUAAGCACUACCUUGACACAGAAAUUUAACAAAUUAUCACUGAAAUUAGCGCAUUAUAUAAGUUUUGUUAGUUAGUAAAAAAGAAGGCUUUCUAUUUGCUGGUCUUCAAUGCACAUAACAAGUGGAAACUAGAGAAAGUUAGUAUUGCCAUAAAACUGCCCCCCAUCAUCAAAAAGAUAUACGUGUUUGAUUUAGAUAUAGCAAGUGUAGCUAAGCUUAACUAAGCUAAGCUAAACCAGCUGUAAGCUGAUACAAUGUAACUACUGCAGAGAAAUUAAAGUGAUACUGAUCUUCUCAUCCAAGCCAGCAACAAGUCAAAGAAUAUUUCUCAAAAUGUCAAACUAUUCUUUAAAAUGUUAUUUAAAAAACAAAACAAAAGAAAAACAAAACUGUUAGUGUUAAUGCCUGUGUGGUCAGUGCUGCACUUAAUCUGUAAAGAAAAAGAAAAAAACCCAAAACAAAACAGUAGCACAAAACAGUUCAUCCCCACUGUGCCUGAAACUUUCUGGCUCCCUGAAAUGAUGAAGCCUUUUGGAGGCUGCCCACCUGGCCCAGGUUAAGAAUCCUCAUACACUCAUGCACCUGUGGUUUCCAACCUUGUUUCAUCGCCCUGCAAACAUCGCCCUUCUGCUUAUAUGUUUGUUUUGAAGUGAAACCAAAACGAUUCUCCUUUCUUAUCUGCCUUUUUAAAGGACAUAUUUACUGUUUUAAGGCAACGAGGGCUACCGUGGAAAAGUCUGAAGUGAUAUUUAUGUACAAACAUGUUUGAAUCUUUGACCUUUUUGAGAAAGGCAAGCAGGUUGGACGCCAUUAGCUUAAAUUCAACUAUUUGGUUUGUUUGUUUGUUCAGCUUCCUUGAUGCUGUUAGCCGUGUUUUCUUUGACAGUUUUUGAACAUCGCUGCUGAAAACAGACUCUAAACUGAACUCUUUUUGUGUCACUGUAGGGUCUUUACCUCACAAUACAAAGCGCUGUGAGCCAACUGUUGUUGUGAUUUUGCGCUAUCCUGGGUUUGGUUGUCAUCAUGAUAAUUCACAAGUCACACUGAGAUAUAUUAAAGGACAACAGCAGGAUAAAUCACGGCAGAUUACAGAUGACUGGGUUUGACAUUAAAAAAUGGUUCCAUGCAAAAGGGUAAUUAUUUUCACAGCAGCCCUAAACGACUGAGCAUUUCAGAUUCAAUGCAUUCAUUCUGCAUUUAUUUUCCAAGAAACUACCUCUGUUUAUUUGCUGCUGAUUUUGGAGUGACAUCUUGCAAAGUGCAUAUUUUCCUCUGCUUAAGCUGUCUGAUGUUGUGCAAAAAUAAAAGAUGACGAAGUCACCUGGUGUUGUGAUUUUGCAACACGGAGUCUCAUUAAUGGUCAAAAACAUGGGGAGAAACAGUUAAGAAGCUAUCACGAAAUGAUAAACGUUAUUGCGUUUUUUUUAAUAUAUAUAAAUAUUUAUAUUCUAAUCAGAUGACAACUUUUGGAUUAAACUUACUGACAACAUCACAAUAGUAAAUCAUGAUAGUCUUUCUAUCUAUAAAUGCAUCCUUUGAUCAGAUUCAAAUUCAGCAAAAGUUGAUCCAUCCGAGAAGUUUAAUUUCCAUCCGACAAAGAAAAUCCCCAUUUAUGCAAAGCCGGCGAGAUCCAGGGUUUUGUUUGACUGUGUUGUACAGCAUUCGUGUAAACAGACUCCUAAUUAGGUGGAACAGUUGCACGAUCCAGAACAAAUUGGUGACUCCAAAACUGCUCAUUAUCAUUAUUUACCCAGAGAAUUUAGCCCCAACGUGUUCAAUCAAACUUCUGCAAAUCCACAUAUCGUUCAGCAGCUUGAAAUCCCUGAACAUGGCAACGGGUGGGUGUCAUAAAAAGUGUUCAGUCCCUCUGAUGGACUGAGGCCAUGUUCAUUUCAGCGUGUUGGUGACCUUUCUGCACAAUAGGUUUGAUGUUGGUUCUGGCAGUGUCAUAAUCUAAUACUCCCCAAAGACCCUGUGGGCAAGACUGAGGUGAAACUGAAUUCUCCACACACCAAAGUCCUGUUUUCCUGCUGCUUCUGUGCCGUGGCUGAGUGUGCACAGCCAAAAGCCAUUUGUAAAGGGUUACGAGCCCAUCUGCUGUUUGCAGUCACGAGAGAUUUAUGUCCGAAAAAACACAACAAGAAAGCAGUUUCCCAGCCUGUAUAAUUGUUUCAAUACAGAGGAUACGCAAGAAGGUGCAGAGUGGUUGAUGAAAGACAGCAGUCAAAUAUAUCACCAGAUGGACGUACUGGUGCCAAGCAAAAAAAGGAAGUCUUUUUUGCAUUAAUGCCACCAUAGCAGGAGUACAGGCAAUAUCUGACUAAACUGCUCUUGUAGCAAAGACACCCUUUUUAUUACUUUUGAAAAAGGCUGGGAGUGGGUUUACAGAACUUUUUCUUCAUAUUUCUACCAAAUCUUAAGAAAUUGAGCGAACAAAUAUAUAAAAAGCUGAUCUAAAAUAUCAGGUUUAUGAAUAAGUAGUGCAAUAAACUGAGAAGCAUAGCUGUGAACCUCACCAAGAGCUGUGUGAAGUGAUGCAAGAAAUUAACGAACAAGCCAUAUUUAAUCUGUUGAUGUCCAGCUGACAUGAUCAUUGACUGGACUGUUUGUAAUUACCAGGAAUCUUUUACCUUCCUCCAAACUGUAUUUAAGUGGGAUGGGGAAGCCAAAGCAAGUUUCUUUAUAUGAAUUAUGAAGAAAUAUUUGAAUUUGUUACAUAGAAAAGGAAAGUUUUAUGUAAAUAAUAAAUGGAACAUUAUGUAUCACCCAUUAUCUAGGGUUGGGACACAAGCGGUAGAGUAUUCAGCUUUUGUGGGAUAUGAUAUGCAUAUCAUUUACAUAAUAUGUUUAGUCGAAAGACAAGAAUGGACAAAGGAGCAAACCUCUGUGAGGACCUGCAAUGGCACCAUGCUAAUCUUUUUUUUUUUAUAAAACGUAGUUAGUGGGUUUCCUCAUAAAGAACUCCAUUGGUGUUGUUCUGUCUGUGUUUUAUAGGUUUGGUAAGUACACUGCUUUCCUACCUAAGAUAAAUAAAAUGUGUCCUCAAGAGUCAAGAGCAAAGUGGCUUAAUGGGGUGUGUGAUUGAUUUUAGUGAUUUAUUGUUGCUUUAGAAGUCAACAGUUAAAAAGAAACUGAUUUGUGAAAGGAAAAUGUAAUUUGUUUCUUCUGUGGUUUGUAAUUUGUAUGAGGGUUUAGGUAUCUCAAACAUGUUAAACUGCAUUUUAAAUACAUUUUAUGGUUACAUUGAGAGAAAAUCAUCAGCAGAACACAAAGCAACUGAACCGAUUCUACAAUGAACCUGUCAGAUUGAACAGUGUUCACAUGUCUUUAAUAGCUGGUCCCAUUUACAACCAAAAAUAACAACCAGCAGACACACAUCAACAUUAGCAAUCAAUUGGAGUUUAUAUUCUGGCCACAUAAUGAAUGUAAGUCCAAUAUUCAUCCUCCUGAGGGAAACAUCUCAGCCUUUAGCUGAAGGUCGUUCCAUUAUGCUCACCAGAUAGUCAAUAGACAUUGUCUGCUUGGUGUUUUGUAGGUAGUUUACAGUCAUUUUUAUCAUAGUAUUAAAAGGGAAACAGUAAGGCUGGCGUUCAUGGUGGGAAAGAAGCAGACAGUAAAGCUGUGGGUCAUAAAAUCAAAACAAGGAGCUAAAAGACACUAAAAUGCUUACAAGAAGUGACGGGAAAUACAGAGUUAUGAGGUACUUUUGUCAGAGUUUCUCAGAGUUUGCCAUGAAACAACCUUCAUAUUGGUCCACAGUGAAGAAAACCAAAUGAGUCCUGUGACUCAUUUUUUAAAAAGUCUUUUUAGAUGCAUACCCAAGCCUGCUGAUAUAUUUUUGCUUUCAAUAAAUCUGCUUCCCAUUGUUUCCACUCAGUAACUACACCUCCACAGACGCACUGUCAAAACUGUGAGGUUCUGAAAAAGCUCCUUUUUAAAGGGGAUACUCACUCUGUAGAGAAUAAUGCAAAGAUUCUAUGUGGUGAAAUAAUGACAUUUGUCUUUAUUAUUGUUAGAUUAUGUAUUUCCGUUUGCCAAGACAUGCAUAUUUUAAACUUUAAAAUAUAAAGGAUCCCGGCACUGCUUUAUAUGCACAGUACUGCAUCUGUGGUAGAUAUGAGAACGAGUUCAUCUGGUGGAUGUUAGGAUCGGCAGAUGUCUCAUCUCUCUUGGCUGUAGCGGACAGUUUUGCGGUACUUAGUUUGUAUCAGAUUUUGUUCAAAUUUCCGUUUUAUGGCUCCAUAAAAGUGAAAAGUGAAUUAAAAAAAGACAGCUCCAGACUUAAGUAAGAUGAAAAAGAUAGAUGCCAAACACGUGACGUACAGAUAAAUAUUUAUUUCAGAUCAAUGUACAUAUUUUUUUUGUGAACUCCGUUUCUCCUUUUUUCCUUGUUAAUAUUCUCCGUCUUGUAAUCGAGCUUCUGAGCGAAAGUUUUGAGUGUUACAGCAUCUUUCCUCAGUCAGAUGUCAGCAUCCAGUGUUGUGUGGAAACUACAAAGACAUUAAAUUUAAAUUUUACAGCUGACAGCUCACACAAAAAUCCAUAAACCCAAGAAUGUGGACCCGCAUUUGUUAGCGCUUUAACAAAUACCGCAUAAUGCAAGAUGUGAAAAGACUACAGCCAUGAAAAUACAUUUUAAACACAUGAAGAUAUCUACUCUGAGCGAUUAGCAUAUCGAGUGGUUUUCGGCUGAUUUAUGGGUACAUUUGCUGAGAAAGAGACUUAAGAUAAAGCAGACAGGGUUUCUCGUGUCAUCAUUAAACCUGGCAAAUUUUGUGGAAGAUGAAAGGCCUCAGAGUCUUGUGGAUAUGAUGUCGCCACACCUGACCGGCUUCAAUUUUCUGCCAGACAUCAGACCCCAGCAGUGAGAAAACAUGGGCAGGCUAUCACGAAAUUGCAAGAGCACACCUUUCCCAAAACCCUUUUUGGUGAAUGAAAAAGAAAAAAGGAAAAAAGAAAAAAGGAAACCCGUUUCAUCAAAAUUUAUGUUUACCUUUGAAAAAAAGUUUCCUACUUUCUGACUCUCUGAACAGCAAAUGCAUAAAUGCUCAGUUCACUUAAGAAUCUCUCGGCAGCUGCAGAAACUGAAGACACGUCUCACAAUCUUCUAAUAAGUCUUUACACCAUUGCUAUUUAGUGUUUACCACGCACUGACUCCUCCGUGAGAUUUAUAAGAUGCUGCAUAAUACAGUGUUUGACGUUAGAUUAUUAUUUGAUGUAAGACGGUGAGGUUUGCUUACCAGCAGCAGAACGUUCGGAACUUAAAUCCACAUUUCAGUGUGAUGAAUUAGCCUGUUUCAUUAUGGCCAAUAAUGCAUCACAUUGCAGCUGUCAUAUAUAAUGAUGGAGAACACCUCAGACGGCGUUCACUAACUCCCUCACAGCUGAGCUCACAAUUCGCUGCCUGCGCAGAAAGCUGUCCUGUCAAACAGCUCUGAUAUGUAAAUGACUCAGCUGGAAACAGACUCGACUGAUUUUCUGUUCAGUGGAAAUUAUUGUUUGAGGCUUUAAAUGACAAACCUCUCCAAGAAUCUAAUAUCUCAGCUGUGCAUUGCACUUUAAAUAAUUACAGCUAAGGAUGAACACAGAGCCAGUGCUUUUAAUAUUCUGACAACUGGAACCAAAAACCCUGUUUUUUCCUUACCUUAUGAACACUUCAUUUCCAGUUUUCUCUACAUUUACUGUGUUGAUGACUCCUGUUCGUUUGGAACAACAGGGCCCCUGAGGAAGGUGCUUUAAACACACCUUAAGUUACUUUUGGCUUUUUGUUUACGCCUGUAAGCUCGUCCAGCCUCAGGGAAGGGAGUGAAAACAAACAACAUGGCUGACACUGACUCUUUUGCAUCUGUGAGUUUAGUACCAAAGCAGUUAUAGCUGUGGCAGUAGUUAUAACAGAGUGGCAAAACAGGUUCAAAAGGAAAAAUUAUUUGCAUGAUUAUGGGUGUUGUGCUGUGUACUGUAAAACUAUGUUCACAAACUCCACAUAGAAAGCAAUGCCAUCCUGUAAAUGUAUUGCCCUUCUCUCUGCUGAUUGAUAUGACAUGAGUUAUAGCUUAGGGAGCGUGGAUAAGGUUAGGGUUAGGCGCUAGGAGUUUAGCUCUACAGCAGUAACAAAAUGAAUACAAAUUAAGAGGCAAUGGCACGACUCGGCAGGAUCUAUACUGGUUUUCUAUCAUAUGUGCUAUAAAACCAGUUUUGGAAUACAUCAGUAAAUACAAAUGGAGCAGUUCAGCUAUAGUCUUUGGAUAACCAGCGUGUUCACUUAUUGUUUUUGAAAGCAGAUCUGGAUUGCGAACUUUUUACAGUGAAACUUAUAAAAGUUUCAAUAUUUAGCACUUAUUCCAGAUCUUAUACCUUCUCUGGCUGAAGUUUUGGCCCACUGAGGGCAGUAAAAACAAGACAAUGAAAAACGCAUAUCGCUUGACAAACAUGGCAGUAACUUUAUCUCCCAGGUCAAAACUUGCCUGGUAUGUCUGCAAAAACUCAAAAACUACCCCACUGGACGCUUAAAGGUGUUGUUGACAAUAUUUCAAUGUCGGCCAGUCAGACUGUCUCUUACAAAGUGUGGCAGCGAGAGAGAAACAGUGAUGACACACACCUACACACGAUGGUGGUGGUGGUGACUGAGAGCUCUGAAGCUUCAAGAUUACAAGGGAAAUCCCAACUACGCCGAUCUGGGAAUUUCCCCCAGGAAAUAUCCCAUUCACAACUGUACCAAUCACCAAAAAGGCAUUCAGGACCUUUAUUCCUGAAGACAAAGAUGUAGUUCAAGUCAUAAAGGAUUGAAGAUUGGUUAAUAUUACCAAAGCCUGCUUACAUUUACAUUCAUCUAAAUGUAAAUUGCAUCUGAUGAGAUGGAUUAGAUGGAUGUUGUAUUUCUCUGGAUCAUUAGAAUCAGUGCGGCUUGCUCCUGAUCUCAACUUUGAUUGGAACAGUUCAGUG